AUGAGCCAUCAGAUUGCAGGUUCGACACCUUCAACAAUGGCCGUUGUCGCUCCAGAUAUAAACUCCAACCCGGAGCCCUCAAAGGACAGCGCAAUGACUCUCUUCCGCCAGUUCGGCUUCGGCGACAAGACCAGGAUUCCCUUUGGGACUGUCCACGAAGCCUUCAUACACCAUGCUACACAAGCACCUUCAGAGGUUGCCCUGGUGGAUCUCUCCCCGGGCACGCCCAAGGAAGUCACAUACGGGGAGCUUCUGCGGCAGUCCCAGUUCAUUGCGACCCAGCUGCGGGCGAACGGAGUGAUCCCAGGACACCGGGUGAUGCUUCUGAUGAAGCGCAGCGCUGAGAUGGUGGCUGGCAUCCUCGGGAUCCUCAUGGCUGGGGCUCAGUAUAUCCCGAUGGAUGGCGGGGUUGUCCCCGACCACACUCUGCAGCACGCGGUCGAGCAGUCCAGCAUUACUGUUGUGCUGUGUCUCCACCCGUUCGAGGAGCGGAUCCGGUUCUUGGGGACUGCUGGUGUCUCCAUCCUGGUGCUGGAUGACCUGCUCCAGAGCCCUGCCUUUACCGACUUCGCUGUGGAUCAGGCGAGCCUGCUUUGCGAGGGCAACAAAAAUUCCGGAUGCUACCUCAUAUACACCUCUGGUACAACCGGAGCACCGAAAGGUGUGUAUGUUACGCACAAAAAUGUCACCAACAUCCUCUGCCAAGCACCGGGCAACCUGGGCAUGGCCCGCGGCAAAAAAGUCGGGCAGGUGCUGUCCGUGAGUUUCGAUAUGGGCGCCUGGGAGGUCCUCGGCAGCAUGUCGAAUGGAGCCACGCUGGUCCUGCGAGGAUCUGACUGGAAUAAAGCUUUGCAAAAGAUCGACACGUUGAUCUGCACACCGAGUAUUCUCAACCGAUACAGCCCCGAUCAGUUUCCCAAUAUUCGGUGCGUGGCCACGGCUGGCGAGCCGUCCACUCAAAGUCUGGCGGACAAAUGGGCGUUGGCUGGGGUGGAAUACUACAACUGCUGUGGGCCCACCGAGAUCACCAUCAUAAACACCAUGCAUAAGCAUACUGCUGGCAGCGCGCUUACCAUUGGGAAACCCACGCCGAACAACAACGUCUACAUCUUGGACGGGAACAAGGCCCCGUGCCAGAUCGGGGAGAUUGGCACCAUCUGGGCUGGUGGCGCUGGUGUGACAAGGGGUUAUAUUGGCCAGCCGGAAAAGACUGCGGAAAAAUACCACUACGAUGUGUUUCUGAAUGAUGGAAAGUCGUUGAUGUACAACACGGGCGACCUCGCGCGAUGGCUUCCUGACGGCAACCUGGAGACAUUCGGUCGUGACGAUGAUCAGGUCAAACUUCUUGGGUUCCGCGUGGAACUUGACGGGGUCAGCCAUUGCCUGACAUCGGCUCCCGGCGUCCAGCAAGCCACAGCCCUAAUGAUCGGGGGCCAACUGACUGGGAUUGUCUCACCAAAACUAUGCAGCAUCGAGAAACUGAGUGAAGAUCUGAAGACGAGACUUCCGUACUAUGCGAUCCCGACCAAAUGGCACACCGUGGACGAGUUCCCCCUGACGUUUAACGGAAAGGUCGACAAGCGCGAGCUGGCUAAGCAGGUCCAGGAAGCCAGGCACUCCCAGACAGAGCUCUACUCUGCGCUCGGCAAACAAAAGGAGCUGUACACAAGCACAAUGUCCACUGGCUCCGAUUCCUUGUCGGAUCCCAAAAAGGACCCGCUGCCGCUUCCUGUACCGGACAAACGGUGGAACAAGCCGUGGCGCGGCCUUAGACAUCGCAUCUUUAUCGUUUACCGGACCUUAUUCUCGCUUAUAUUCCUGUCUAACAUCGCUGUUCUGAUUGCCUUCUUGACGGUGCCGACAAUUCCUCGCCAGCAUAUCACGACCAUCGCGUUCGUCAACCUCACGAUCGCGAUCCUGGUCCGGCAAGACGUGGUCAUCAACAUCCUGUACACUAUCUCCUGCUCCGUUCCAAAGUCCUGGCCCCUUGCAAUCCGCAAGCGAUGCGCAAAGAUAUACCACCUGGGCGGCGUCCAUUCCGGCGCCGCAGUCAUGGCAGUGGCCUGGUACACCGGCGGCAUCUGCUACAACAUCACCGUGUUCGCAACCCGACCAGAUGAUCCCCUGAGACCAUCAGUCCUGACAAUCGUUCUCUCCCUGAUGGCCUUAUCUAUCUUCAUCUGCAUGAUCACACUCGCCUAUCCCACCAUUCGAAAGAAGAACCACGAUAUCUUCGAACGCGUCCACCGUUUCGCUGGCUGGACCGCACUGGUGAUUAUCUGGGUCCAGAACAUGUCCUCCAUCCGCGACCAACGACCACCCGGCACAUCACUCGGCGAGCAGGUUAUCAGAACGCCCAGCUUCUGGAUGGUCAUCGUUAUUACAAUGAGCAUUGCCAGUUCGUGGUUAUUCCUCCGCAAGGUCCCCGUCGACGCAGAGGUCCUCUCCAACCACGCCGUCCGUCUGCAUUUCGACUACACGGUGCCUGUCAAUGGAAGCUUUACUCGACUAUCGGAACGCCCCCUCAUCGAAUGGCACUCCUUCGCGACUGUUCCAGCCCCAGUGCCGAAGAAUGGCCGGCCCAAGGGAUACUCUCUCGUUGUGUCUCGUGCGGGCGACUGGACCGGCGGUCGGAUCAGUAAACCGCCUACUCAUCUUUGGGUGCGAGGUGUUCCAACCUGCGGCGUAAUGCGCAUCGCAACCCUCUUCAACCGCGUCGUCCUGCUCGGCACAGGAUCCGGAAUCGGGCCUUUACUCGGCCACAUCCAGAUCCCAACGUGCCCAUUCCGGCUGGUCUGGUCGACCUCGAACCCGAUGCAGAACUUCGGAAAGGGCAUUUUGGACGAUGUAUACAACGCCGACCCCGGUGCUGUUGUGCACGAUACGAAGAAACAGGGACGGCCCGAUCUGGUCAAGCUUACCUGGAACGCGGUGCGGGAGUUUGGGGCCGAGGCGGUGAUUGUUAUCUCGAACGAAAAGCUGACGAAGAAGGUUGUUUAUGGGAUGGAGACGAGGGGCAUUCCGGCCUACGGGGCUAUUUGGGAUAGUUAA